CAUCGCUUUCCCAUCAGUCUUUUGUGUUGUCUCGCGCGCGCGAAACGAUCAGAGACAAUGGGUUCACCUCAAUGUCGUCGCCGAGGCGAAGUCAAUCGUGAAGACGCGCUCAGUGCCUCGCCCUUGUCCUCUUCCCCAAAUUCGAACUCUGCGAGCUACUGGAAGCCCCAGGACAUCCUCGAAGCCGUCAUAGCCAGCACCUCUACAAUCCAAACUCCUCGGUCGGACUGGCAGGAGUAUCCACUAGCAGCCUGCGACUGGGAUUUGGUUCAAGAGCUGCUUCAAAGCCACGAACAGCGUGGUGUGCGACUCCGGUACGACUACUUUGCCUCCAUCGAGAUAUUCGUCCACCGAAUGCCUUCCAAUAUGCACGAGGUGGUGACACGCAAGCUAUCCGUGUGGUUUCAGGGACAACUCGCGAGCUUAUGCUCGACUGAACAAGAGAAGGAAUUCCAGGCAAUGGUUGCGGAUCUCGGCUCCGGCGACAUCAAGGCAAGACAGGGCAAAGAGUUUCACCAACCUGAUGCGUAUUUUGCCUGCGCAAGAGCGCGACCGGAUGCCUCAACUAGCCGAAUUCUAUCUUGGCGAGAAGAGUAAGAGAAUGUGUCAAGUGGUUGUUGGCAUUGACUGCGACUACCGAGGCGGCACGAAGAGAACCACUCUACUGGUAUUCAGACGUCAUGGCUCCGACUCUACUGGCAAGAAGAUCGUAUGCCAUGAACAAGACAUUCGACGUGACGAUGGCGCGAUCAUUCCAGGCGACCCUCUCCGAAUCUCCAUGCUCGAUCUCGCGGGUUCCGAUGAUGUACCAUCCAGCUUGCGCAACAAGACAAUCGAGAUCCCGGUCGAGAAGAUGCACCAAUUCCUUGAACUGGGCGAAGCAUUCCAAGAUGAAUAGCACGGUCCCACUAGGGUCCAGGUUAUUCUCCAAACCGGACGACAGUGACAGGCAUGAGAACAAACGAAGAGAUGUGUUUCUUAUCGAGUGAUACCCUUGUACAAGUAUUCUUUCGCUGAAAUGGCACAAGAGAGCCACGAACUGCAGUGGUCGAUGAAUUCGGCAGUUCCAGAUGAUCAGAGCACAUUGCUCCAUGAUGUAUGAUUUAUGAGAAGCUGAACGAAGCGACGUGCUUAUUGAAAUAAAAUGCGUUGAAGCAUGACAUGACCCCCAGAAUGCGC